AUGGUGGACCCUCAAAAUUCUUCUUUACUGGAAGUAGAAGAUUUUAUAGAGUACUGUUAUCCUGAAUCAAAUGUCUCAUGUAUGAAAACUUCUCAUAAUGUGGCUGCUAAAACUGUGUUAUAUUCGAUACUGGUGUUUGCAAUGGCCAUUACAAUUCUAGGGAACUUUGUGGUCAUCAUCUCUAUAGCUCAUUUCAAACAGCUUCACACACCUACAAACAUUUUGGUGAUGUCUCUGGCUCUGGUGGAUCUGCUUCUGGGAAUCACAGUCAUGCCUUUCAGUAUGGUCAGGACCGUGGAUGGCUGCUGGUACUUUGGAAAAGAAUUCUGCUAUUGGCAUUCUACUUUUGACUUUCUCUUCACCGGUGCAUCAAUCUUUCACCUGAUUUCUAUUGCUACAGAUCGAUAUCAAGCUGUGUGUUAUCCACUUCAAUACCCUACAAGAAUAACUCUACCUGUCGCAGGUUUUAUGGCAGCUCUGAGCUGGGUUUUGGCUAUAGUGUACGCUUUCAGUACUGUUGGUACAAAAGCAAAUGAAGCAAACUUAGAAGAUUAUAUUGCAUCUAUAGAUUGUUUUGGAAAUUGUUUCUUUUUGGUUAAUGCACUAUGUGCUUCUAUAAGUACAUCUCUUUUUUUCAUUUUGCCGGUCUGUGUUAUGAUCGGUCUGUAUGCUCAAAUAUUUUUGGUUUCAGAAAAGCAUGCAAGGAAAAUGGAAGGCACAAAAAAGGGCAGAACUGAUGUGACCUCAAACAAAAUAUUACAAAAAGUGAAACAUGAGAAAAAAGCAGCAAAAACUCUUGGGAUUGUUGUAGGUGCAUUUAAUUUAUGCUGGAUGCCAUAUUUUAUUACAUCUGUUGUUGAUCCUCUUUACAACUUUACCACUCCUGCAAUCAUUUAUGAACUAUUUGUCUGGUUGGGUUACAUUAAUUCAACAUUCAACCCCAUCAUAUAUGGCCUUUUCUAUCCAUGGUUCAGAAAAACACUGUAUCUCAUUGUUACACUAAAGAUAUUUGCUCCUAACUCCUCUGACAUAAAAGUUUAUGCAGCUUGA